UUCACAUUCCACAAACAUCAAAUCAAUAUGAAACUACUGUUCAUAAUUUUAUUCCUGCUGACUUUCAAACAUCGGGUAUUUUCUAUUACACCAGAAAAACUAUUCACCUCGGAUAGAAAUAAAAUUUUUUAUAUUGAUCAUGAACACAAGUAUGAUUGGUUUGAAUCUUUGGCAAAAUGUGCUCGCAUGGAUAUGUCGCUGACGGCCUUUGAUUCCAAAGUCAAAUGGGAUGAUGUACUUACGAUGAUACAAAAACAGUUUGAAAAAAAACUUAUUUUAUGGACUAGCGGUUAUGCAGUUGGUGAUAAACGUCAAUUUAUGUGGAUGACAACGGGUGAAGAAUUUACAUUUACCAAUUGGACCACUGGAAAUCCAGAUUUUUCUGAGCAGAAGGAAUAUUGUGUUCAAAUUGGUAAUGGUCCGCAUUACGAAUGGAACGAUAAUAGCUGUACCAAAAAAUUUGGUUUUAUUUGUGAGUUCAAAGAGCAACAGUGCAAGAAUUACUACAGUGAUAAAAUAACUCAAAAUUAUAAUUUCUAUUUUAAUAAACAUUAGAAAAUUUGUGAAUAAAGUGAGAAUUAUAUAAUUGUUGUGAAAAUUUA